CCCCCGACGGGAGGAGGCGGCGUGUGUGUGUGCGAGCAAAGGCCGGGGAAAACAUGGCGGCGCCCGUCUUGAGAGUGUCCACCCCACGGUGGGAGAGAAUAGCCCGGCUCCUCGUCUGCCUCUUAGGGAUCCUGCUGUCCUUGUACGCGUUUCACGUGGAAAGUGAAAAGUCGAGGGAUGCGAAUUAUCGGGCCAUGUGCGACCUGAGCAGUUCGAUAAGCUGCUCCAAAGUCUUCACCUCCAGAUGGGGUCGAGGAUUUGGAUUGUUGGGAUCCAUCUUUGGUAACAACAGUGCAAUAAACCAGCCAAACAGUGUCUACGGACUUUUCUUUUAUGUCUUUCAGCUGUUAUUGGGUAUGACGGUGAGCGCGAUGGCCGCCCUGAUCCUCAUGACCACGUCCAUCGUGUCAGUGAUAGGCUCGCUUUACCUGGCCUACAUCCUCUACUUCGUCCUGAAAGACUUCUGCAUCAUCUGCGUCACCACAUAUGCACUGAACUUCAUUCUGCUCGUCCUCAACUACAAGCGACUGGUGUACUUGAAUGAGGCCUGGAAGCAGCAGCUCCAAGCCAAGCAGGACUAAAAACAACAACAAAAACAACAAAAGAAGUGAAAAGUGAAAAAAAAGAAAAAAAAAAACAAGGAUAAGUGAAACAAACAAGGAAAGAAAUGUGACCUCUGAACGUUUUGACUUGCCACCAGGAGACCUUGCUUCCAAACAAAUGUUUAUUCUGCCGUAUAUGUCACAAUAAAUUACAGAAACAAAAAAACAAAAGAAAAUACACGACCUGAAGAAAGUUUAAAAUCCUAGGGGCCACAGUUCAUUUGCAUUGACGAAGGAAGGAUUUGAAGCAGGAAAAAAAUAAGGUUUUGUCCUUUUUUUUUUCUUUCUUUCUUUUUUCCUUUUUAAUUUUUCGUUGUUCUGUUUUUCUCCCCUCGUGAGAGACGGGGCUGAGAGAAGAGGAGUCGGCAGAAACAUCAUGAACGCACUUGCAGAAUAAAAUCGACUAUGAAUGCGGGCAGAGCAGGAUGUCCUGUGGAGAAAAAUGGGGGGGGGGGGGGAGUGGGGGGAAAGGAACGUGUGAGGAAAAAGCGUAGGACUUUCAAAUGGUGCUUACUUGAAUCCAGCAGGAAGAAGGUUCCUGUAGACCUGAGCUGUACACUGAACUGAAUUAUGGGCUUCAAUAUAAGUGCAUGAUCAUGAGGUUUAUGUACGGUUCACAGAAAUAAUUCCAUUAAAACACAUAAAAAAAGGGUAAACACCGUUUAAAAAAGACAAUAAAUUGUAAUUUUUUUAUGUUUACAGUAUGUUUUUUGCUUUCUUUUUUCGAAAGAGGACCACUAAUUUUAAAAACAUGGGAGAAUGCGAUACAUAUGUAUGUAGAUCAGAUUCACUAGAUUUACUUUUCUUUCUUUGUUUUGCAGUUCUUUAGCUAGUGUUGAAGUUUCCAGACUAGUGUGUGCAUUUAGCAUCGAGGGAAGAAGGAAAAAAGAGAGGACAAAGAACAGCAGCAAAACAUCGGAUGAGGACGAACAAAAGACAAGUAAAGCAGCUUAUUUUAUGAAUCAGAACAGCUUUUUCAUCUCGUGUUGUAAAUCUGCACCAACCACCGAAAGUUUUUGUUUCUUCUUUAAUGCUAUUGGGGAUGGUUUCGUAGGCACCAAGCAAGACUGCACCAACACUGUUAUUUUAUUUUUAAUUUAAUUUUUUAAAAUGUAAUUUUUUUUGUUAUUGAAAAUCUAUAGUGUCGGGUCAGGUGUUGUCUUUUGAGAAAAUUGUCCACCCCACAGUAACGAUAAAGCUAACUGUAUGCUACUGUAGCGCUGGAUGUCCACCCUGCUCCGGACGGCUCAUGGGACAAGCAGCCUCUUCUGUACUCUUUUGUAAAUAACUCUUGUAUGUAGGCAUUCCUGAUCACACAGUAACAUUCACUAGAGAAUAAUGUGCCUAAAAUAUCAAUUUCUUUUUUUCUCUUUUCUGAAUUUCUUUUUUUGUCCUUUACUUGGACUGUGUUGUACUUCACUCUGUUCCUCCUUUCUUAAGUAUUAUUGUGUUUUCUAUUCUAGUUUUUUUUUCUCUUUUUAGCAACAAAAAAUUGUCAUUUUUUGCUUAUAAUCUCUUUUUCUUGCCUGUCACUGGCCCUGUCAGUCCCAUUGUAUAAAAACCCACAUGCUUACAACUAGUUCCUGAGCAGUGCGUUUGUAAAGCAGUUGAGAAUGUUACUAAAUUAUCUCUAACCACUUUGCCCACAUUUACAACUGCUGUAUUACUCCUUUACAGUUUUCUUGGGGAUGCUGCUGUCAACAGUCCGUUAUAACCCCUACACUACCUGCUGUAUAGUCUUGUCUUGGAUGUGAAACUACAUUACCCAUAAUUCAGUCACACUCAGACACUACCUCUCAGUAUUUCCCCUCGUUGGGUCUCCUGUACCAAGCCCUUAGGCAGAGAGGGCACAUGGGUCUCUGUUCCACUGACCCUUUUCCCUGAUUGGUGAACGCAGUGUGUCUAUUAACGUGGGUGACGUGGGCGCAUUAUGUUUGGGAGCAAAGUACAGUGUGUGGUGUCAUUUGUGUCUGUGCGUAUGAUUUUGCUGGUACUGUUUAAAUGAAUGCUUGUUGUUAAAACUUUCUUGUUAAUCUGAUCUCUAAUGGGUGUCACUUUCUGCUGAUCCCCCCCUUUCAGCCAUGUCAUGUGUUACACUCGAAGGUUGAGCGCUUAAAGGAAAUACUCCAGCAGUUUUUAACUUAACAGCUACAUUGUUAGCAUACGGUCGGUUAAAACCAAAAUUGUAUGGCCGAUUCCAAUUACAGAUUGUUUCCUGCCAAAUUGGCUAAUGGAUGAUUUUUAGUUGUUUUUUUUUUGUUAUUAUUUUAAACCUGAAGCUCACACUAUGUACACUAAAUGAAAACAUGAAACACACUAAGUUUUGGCCCUGUCAUCAGGACCUCUCGAGUUUGAUCCCACUCUCUGGGUGGGCAGGAUGGUGCUAGCCAGUGCAGAACAUGAAACACACUGGCCAAAUUCACAUGUGUUUUAAAUUCAUAAAUGAAAAAUCACUUGCCUAUUUAUUGAGCCAAAUAAAGUGUUACAUCAAAACACAGUGAUUCAUAAUUAUGGUACUAGGCCUUGUAUGAUCAUGAAAUUUUAGCUGACGAUUGAUUGCCACGUAAAUAAUGGUGAUUAAACUAUUAAAACUAUUGAAGUACAAGCCUAAAGUGGUCAGAUUUGCUUCUGAGCUGGUAAUAUUUGGUGGCUCCCAGAAAAACUUACCGAUAAACGCACCCAGUUCAUGUUCGCUUUGUUGUGAUGUGAACAUAUGAUUGUGAAAACUUUAGAAAAUAACUGCAGUCUGCUCAAACUGUUGCAGUCAGGUGAUUAUGUAAUAACUGUGACAGGCCUGUAUGCCUAUAAUGUUUUGGUACUGGUGUAGCAGCAGCGUUCAGGUACAGUGUGAGUGACCUUACUGCCUCACGGUAUUUAAAUCAUAAAUUGCAACACAUCAGCCAAGAUCAAAAUAGUAAGCUGACCAAUACGUGUUAGAAGCAAACAUUUGCUGAUCCUGCUCUACCUCUACCACAGAUGAUAACUUUGACACAUUUCCCAGAAAACUCAUUGAUUUGAAAACACACUGUUAAAACAUAAGAUUGCCAAAAUGGGUUUUUGAACACUUGUGGUUCCCUAAAGAACCUUUCAGUGGAUGGUUCUUCAAAGCAGAUUCUUCAGUGUCCAACAGAUGGUCCACGUUUUUGCAGAAAGCACCCAACACAUAGGGGUGGAGUAAAAAUAUGGACUAUCUCAGGGUCUUUGAGAACCAAAAGACACAUGUAAGUGUGACAAACCUCCACAUAAUGUGUUUUAUACCAAUGAAAGGGUUUUCCUUGUUGAAGCCAAGAACGCUUUAGAAAUCUGUAUCUUUAAGAGUCCAUAAUUGAAGCCAUUGGAAAAGUCAGAGGGGUUUUCUGUUCUAAGUAGGUAAAUUAUUGUCUGUGGUAAUUUUACCAGUUGCAGCAGAAUGAGAUUAAAAUGCUGGAGUAUUCCUUUAAACUAUCAACUUUCUACCACUAUCAUGAGAGGAAGAUGCUAGUUUCCACCACAAGGCCAGUUUUCUGUCAGAACAAGUUUAUCAGCCAUGGCACUAGAUACCUUUGAAGCGUUUUGAGCAGUUAUUGUGUGUAUUGCCUACAUGGCAACAGUUUAGCUUAAUGCAGCAACUCGAGCAAUGGUGUAACACAGGCUGUUCAUUACAAAAUUAACAUGAAAACGCAGAUUGUUCUUAAUACAGAUCAGCUACGCUCACUGAAUGGGUCAUUAGUUUACUUCAGUAACAGUGGCCCAAGUGUCAGGUAUCUCCUGUGCUAGUCAGUGUAAUGUAUUGCUUUUGCAAACAAGAAAUAGGAUACCUAGACUAGCUCCACUGAUAAGGUUUUUGUGAAACAGGACCUGUGAUGGCUUCUGGUUUUGCUGAUCUUUUCUGGUCUUUGUCGUAUCUAAUAGGUGUUUUAACAUCCAUGAAAAACAGUCCUUAUCAUCCCAGCUGCUGGUCAUUUUACCAUCUUAGCAGUUCCUUAGACAUGUUCCAGCUGAGCUACAGAGUUCCAGCUGAGUGUAAAGAAGUUUGUCUACUUGAAUUGAGUGUGGUCAACACUGCGUAGCUGCCCAGAGUUGUAUGGUUUGAGUUUAUGCUAGCCAAUGCCCAGCUUAUAUCUUAGUGAGCAUCGUUUCUGCUGUUUCCAACUGAAGGGGGUCUGAAGCUCUUCAAAUAUAAACUUCAUCUUUAGUCUUCAUCAUUUACACCCAUUUCUCACGAUGUGAAAAAACAGAACACCCCAAAAAAGAUGAAGGAAAAGAACAAGAUCGCAUCAGAUUCAUAUUCCACUUAAAGUGCCUUCUGUUCGUCCACUGGGCCUUCAGCAGAUCAGACAUAACAGAGCGGCCUCCACUUAUGCAAAGAGAGGCCUCUGUUAUUAGGACGCCUGCCUGCCUUUCUGAGGGCCAGUUAAGAAAGAGAAUGGUGACCCCUUGACAUCUGCAAUGUUAUGUUUCAUUUGGAUGCUGUGGGUCAUUCACCCUACCAUUUAAAACCAUGUACAGUGCACCCACAGCCACUGAUCUCCCAAACAACACGGUUACUUUUGUACAUUUUUUUUGAAAACCCCCUGAUUCUUUUGUUUUUGACUGUUUAGAAUUGGGCCUAUUUUAUUUCUGCACCAUGUCCAUGUUUGUGAGGCAUCUCCGAGUGGGAGCGCUGAUCUAGGAUAAGCUACCUCCUGUCCGUGUAUUGUAUUUGUAAGGAUGUGAUGAGCUAAAACUGAUCCUAGACCAGCGCUUUUAAUUUGAAGAAGUUUGAGAAAUGCAGCCCUGUAUCUGUGACAGAAUCCGAGAUUGUUAAGAUUAGAAAGUUACGUUUUCUGCCCCCUCCCCCUCCCCCUCCCCCUCCUGAUUGUGACUAGUGAGUUCUACUCUUUUUAAUUUCCUGAUGUAACUGAUGGGGGCACGUUAUGAGCCCUGAUUAGAUGUAUAGACUGUUAACAUUCUAGCAUAUUUUAGUAGAUAAAGAAACAAUCCAUCACGAAAAUGGAUGUCGAUGGAUGGAUCGGGGGAUUCCAUGCGUCAGUGUCUAAUUCUUUUCGGGGGCUAAAAAAAAAAACGAAAAGGGGGUAUUUUUUGUGGAGGAAAAACUGUGUCUAGGUUUGCUUCUGUAUUUGCCAAAUAUACGUUUAAUUAAAAAAAGGAAAAAGCUGUAUUUUCUUACAUGGAAAAAGUGUUACAAGGAAUGGUACAACACCACAGGAAUACGUCCGGUCAAAAUUCUCAUCAUUUCAAAAAUGUCUGGAAACCAGCCGGAGCACAUCUAACAACACCGUGAGCAGUACAAACCAUGUCAUUGUUGUGUGGAAUUGGUCUACCAUUAAAACAUUCCCUCAGA